AUGUACAAAUCUACAACUCGGUCUAGCGUACGAACACAUUCGAAUAGAAUGAUUCUGUUCCUCUUCCUUCUCAUAUUAAAUAUCACGUUAACCGUCUCCGCGCCAUGGCCACGCGAAGAUGUGUGGGAUCCGUGUAAAUAUGACCCAACGCUGGAUAGACUACCUGAUGGAAGAUUCCGUGAAUGUUCCGAUGAAGUCUGGAUACGGUGGCAGACACCUUACGAAAAACAAACAUUCCUGGAAGUACAGGCUUAUUAUGAACUAUUGAGAUCAUUUUUCUUGUUAAAUGCAGACAGCUGCCCUUGA